AUGGCACUUGGCCCAUAUCUCUUCACUAACGACCUUCCCACUCUCUGCACCGACGAUUGUUUACAUGGACUUGUAUCGUAUCGUGCAGAUGUGGUUUCAGCUUGCGGGAACUACUUAAUCACUGAUACAGGGGGCAACUCGUAUCCCCCAACACUGGCAGUGGACUAUGUUUCUGGUCCUUAUACCGUGCAGUGUCUCAAAGAUCCCGACAGCGGAAAUUUUUGCGGCACUGUCAUUGAAUCUUACAAUACAACGGACGGGCUACUGUCGCUUCCAACAAAUGAAUUAUGCACAUUUUGUACGCUGGAGACUCUGAAUGCAACGUUAUCCAACCCGACUAGCUUUUCGGAUGACCUCGCUGAUAUCCUUUCAAGUGCCAUCAACACGUGUGGGACCGAUUUUGAACAGUAUAAUGUCUCUUCAACGGGCGACCAAGUUGUCAUAUCAACACCGUUUGGGGUCAAUUCUACGACCGCGCCUACUGUUGACUGCACAAUCACCGGACAAAACAUCUCGACGACUGAGGCGACAACCUGUGCGGAUGUAGCUGCCCAAUAUAGCGUGAGCGAGUACGACAUUUUCUCAUCAAAUCCUCUCCUCGACGCCGAUUGCAACAUUGAGUCUGGAACCGUGCUCUGUGUUCCUCAACAAUGUACCACUUAUGUUAUUGCGGUUAACGAUACGUGUCAGUCGGUCGCUCAGCUGGCGGGCACAGUUCCUGGCACAAGUCUCAACGUGACCGCGUCCCAAAUCCAAUCAUUCAAUCCCGACCUCGGAACGUACUGUCAAUUGAUUUCACUUCGUGUGGGGAAAGCAAUCUGCUUGAGUCCAAAUGGCGGGUGGCCUUCGGUAGGGGUGACUAGCGCAGGGAAUCCAUCUGGUACACCUACCGCCGCUGCACCUAUCCCAACCCCCACUGUUAACGGCACAACAUCCGCUUGCGGGAAAUACUACCUUGUACAAGGCGGGGAUAUUUGCCAGACUAUUUGUCUCACCAAUUCCAUCACGUUUAGUGAUUUUCUUACCCUUAAUCCGGGCUCAGAGGUUGACGCCAACUGCACCAAUUUAUGGCUUGGAUAUAACUACUGUGUUGCUCCCUACCCACCAUUCUCAUCCGUAACUGCCGCACCACUCCCCACAACCAAUUAUACAAGCGCUACUAUCUUCAGCUACCCUAUUCCUACGGCGAAUUACACCAUUACCUAUACGUCUAGUCGCGUCACACCUGCUGGAGUUCCAGCUCCAACAAAUAUUGCUAACGGAACACGACCCGUUGCUUGCGGGAGCUAUUACGAUAUACAGACCGGCGAUACCCUCGACUCUGUUUCUGAAUCCGUUGGUGUUGAUGCAUCCCUCCUCGCAACAUGGAAUCUUGAACUCAGCAGUGGUGUUUUACCCCCUGUUGGCUCCGCUAUCUGUGUGACCUUUCCAGAAGGCAAUUACACUUUACUCGCCGCACCGCGUCCCACAAAUACAUAUGCCAAUGCCACCACAGAAUGUGCACAAUACUACACCGUCCAAAAUGGGGAUGGAUGUAGCUCCAUUGAAAGCUCAUUUGCACUUACAAACUCACAAUUUGACCAACUUAAUCCCGGCUUAGCAAGCAGUUGUACGAAUCUCGUCCUCGGGGAUGCUUAUUGUGUUCUCCCUACCGCUCCCUUCUCUUUAUCCAAUUCUACCGGCCUACCGGAUAACGUUGCGCCGGGGACAAUCACUGAUGGAUGCACCACCUACUACACCGUCAAGUCUGGAGAUUCUUGUACUGUGGUGGAGGAUAACUUUAACAUAACCUUGGCGCAAUUCACGACAUGGAAUCCAGAGAUUGACAGCCAGUGCACCAACAUUGAGGUUGGAUUGGCGUAUUGUGUUGCAUCCUCCUCUUCCUCGUCAACUGGUCCGCCCAGUAAUGUUGCGUCAGGGACAAUCACAGAUGGAUGCACUGAUUAUUACACUAUCGUAUCGGGAGACUCUUGCCCUGCUAUUGAAACUAAAUUCAACAUUACUAUGUCACAAAUCACGACGUGGAACCCUGAGAUCAACAGCGAAUGCACGAACAUACAGCUCGGACUCGCAUAUUGUGUUGCAUCCAGCCUGGCCCCACCAACCAGUGGACCUCCCAGUAAUGUAGCAUCCGGGACUGUCACAUCCGGGUGUACAUCAUAUUACACCGUAGUCUCAGGGGACUCCUGCUCCGUCAUCGAGGCUAAAUUUGGCAUCACAUUGGCUCAGUUUACGACAUGGAACCCCGAAAUCAAUAGCCAGUGCACAAAUAUUCAGGUUGGCCUGGCGUAUUCAUCAGAAAAACUACAACCUCUAGCACUUGCGGGAGCUCACUUUCACUAG